AUGUCUAGGUUAUGGUCGUUUCAUGAUGAAGAAGAGAUACGAAAAAUUUUUAUGAAAAAUUUAAAUAUUGCAUGUUAUGAUGUAAUUAAAAAAUUUGCCGAAUGCGCAUCAGGUAAAACUUUUUCUACUCUAUGGAAAUGUCAUUCAGAAAAACAAUCUAUGAAUGAAUGCAUUAGGUUAAAUGCACUUCCUGAAAACUACGAUCGUGCUCGAGAUAUAUAUAUGGAAAGAAUUCAAAUGAACAGAAUAUUAAAGGAAAAAAAGCAAAAUUCAGAAAUAUAUCAAGAACGAGAAGAGAAAAUAUAUAGUAAAUAA